CGAUUUCAUGUUUCUUUUACGACAAGUACAUAGGGCCUCAGCGACGCUUGGUAUCUAUGACUACCGGCUAAGUGGGGCACGCUGAACUUGCUGACUUUUAUAGCUUGUUUUAGAGGUUGACGUUCUCUCUCUGUGUCAAGCAAUAACAUGUCUUCUCCAAGCAAAGCUAUAGAGCUCCAGUUACAAAUGAAACAAAAUGCUGAAGAGUUACAAGACUUUAUGAGGGAGCUGGAAAGCUGGGAAAAAGAUAUAAAGCAGAAAGAUAUCAGUUUGAGCAAAGAGAGUGAUGCAAAUGAAGAGACAUUACCGCCCAUCAGAAACAAAGAUUUUAAGAAAAAGAAAAAGAGCAAAAGCAAACCACCAACUCAAAAUAAGGAUCAAGAGGAGGUUAAAAAACCAAAGUUAAAAAUACUUGAUUAUGAUUAUUGGGACAAGCUUGAUGUGGAUAAAGCGUUAGAAGAGAUUGAUAAAGAUGAAAAUACUCAUGAAUCUAUGUCGGCAGAGUCUGAUUCUGGAGAUGAAGAUGGAAUAACAGUGGACACUGAGAAAGCUCUUGCAGAGAAAGAAAAGGGGAACCAUUAUUUUAAGAUGGGAAAGUAUGAUGAAGCUGUGCAGUGCUAUACAAAGGGAAUGAAUGCAGACCCAUACAAUGCUGUCCUCCCUACAAAUCGGGCGUCUGCUUUCUUUAGACAAAAAAAAUAUUCUGUAGCAGAAUCAGACUGCAAUUUGGCAAUUGCUUUAAAUCGGAAUUAUACAAAAGCUUAUGCCCGACGAGGAGCUGCACGACUCGCAUUAAAAAAUAUUCAGGGAGCAAAAGAAGAUUAUGAAAAAGUUUUAGAAUUGGAACCAAACAGUUUUGAAGCCAAAAAUGAACUUAAGAAAAUUGCCAAGGUUCUAGAGACGUCCCCCAGUACACCACAGGUGACCGAAUCUACAGAUUUACAAAAUAAUGACAUUUCUGAAGAAGAAAAGAAGCGAAUAGAGGUUCAACAGCUAAAGCAAAAAGCAAUAAUGCAGAAAGAUAUGGGCAAUGCUUAUUUUAAGGAAGGCAAAUAUGAGUCUGCUAUUGAGUGCUACACUCAGGGUAUAACAGCAGAUGGCACUAAUGCGCUGUUGCCUGCAAACCGAGCCAUGGCGUAUCUGAAGAUCCAAAAAUAUGAAGAGGCAGAGGAAGACUGCACUUUGGCCAUAUCUCUAGAUACUACCUAUAGUAAAGCUUUUGCUAGAAGGGGCACUGCCAGAAUAAUGCUUAGAAAACUUAAGGAAGCAAAAGAAGAUUUUGAAAUUGUUUUAAAGUUGGAACCUGGAAACAAACAAGCAAUAUCUGAACUGGCUAAGAUAAGCGAAGAGCUUGAUGUAAAGGAACAUACAAAUAAUCCACAGCUCAAAGAUGGAAAUAAUCAACAAAAUAUAGUGAAGGCAGUAGACAAACCCAUGAAUCUAAGAUCUACUAAACCUUUGAGGAGGAUGGUUAUUGAAGAAGUUGAAGGCAUAGCAGAAUGUUCAGCCAAUCACUUUAGUGAAAAGAUUUGUGGUAACUCUGCAGUGCUGUCACCCGGAUUGCACAAACAAAAGUUGGGUCAAGAACAGCUCAUUUCCACAUCAUCAGAUCUUCCUAGUGCAAGUGUGGAAAAAAUAGAAGAAAUCAACAGCACUUCAUCAGAUAUUCCUAGUGCAAAGGUGGUAAAAAUAGAAGAAAUCGACAGCACUUCAUCAGAUAUUCCUAGUGCAAGGGUGGUAAAAAUGGAAGAAAUCAACGACCCUCUUAACCCUCAGCCAGCAACCUCUGUUCCCAUUUCAUCUCAGCCGCAACCUCCAAAAGUGGAAGAAGUUCCAUUGUCUCUUCCUCCAUCUUUAAGUAAUGAAGUCCCUGCAGUACCUACAAAUUCAUUUCAGCUUGAGUCAGACUUCAGAAGACUGAAAGGGAACCUUGAGAUAUUGUACCUAUACCUGAAACAAAUUGAGCCAUCUAAUUACACUAAACUAUUUCAAAAAGCUUUGGAUCCCGAUGUGUUCAAUGAAAUUUUGAGAAUCCUAAGAGAGAAGUACAUUGGGAGAGAAAGUGUAGCUCUUAUUCUUGAAAUCCUAAAAAGGCUUUCAGAGCUCAGACGAUUUGAUAUGGUGGUAAUGUUCUUAUCCGAAUCUGAAAAAGAACAUGUCCUUGCCUUAUUUGCUCACAUUGAACAGUCACAGGAAACAGACAAGACUUUUAAUGCUCUGAAGAAAAAAUAUGGACUUUGAGUAUUAUGUUGAUAAACUGAAAAAUGUUGGAUGAGCCAAAACAGUAAUAUGAUGUCAGGAGCAUCUUGAAGUUAAGAUCGUUUUUAUAAAUUAAUGUACAUUAUUGAGAACUGAAAAUGUUAAUGAAAAAUAUUUUUUUCCUCUUUCUGUCACCAUGUUAAAGUUGACUGAAAGUCCACAAAAUAAAAUAAUCUUUCUUACA